UUGUUAGCCUUCCUCCGUCCCCAAUCAUGGCGUCAUCAAUUCCCAAGCCCCCGGGCAUCUUCCUCCUUGGCAACCUGUUCGACGUCAACGCCUCCAACCCUUGGAAUUCCUUCAACAAACUUGCUACCAAAUAUCGUCCCAUCUGCAAGGUCACCAUUCUCGGCCAUGACAUCGUCCUGGUCACGGGCGCCGCCCUCAUAGAGGAAAUCUGCGACGAGACACGCUUCCGCAAAUGCGUCGCCGGCCCCAUCGUCGAGAUCCGACAAGCCGUCCACUCCAGUCUGUUCACAGCCUAUAACAAUGAACUGGAAUCCUGGGGAGUCGCCCAUCGCAUCAUGGCCCCCCUGGUCUCCUGGGAAGCUGUUGAGCAAGUCUUCGCCGACAUGCGCGAGGUGUCAACCGACCUGAUCAAGAAGUGGACAGCAGGACCCCGUCAGCGCGUCAACGUCACCGACGACCUGGACCGUGUCAACCACGCGGCCAAUAUGCUCUGCUUCUUCGACCAGCGCCUCCACUGCCUCGAAGGCCCCGAGCCAUCCCUCAUCAAAGCCAUGGAGGGUGCCACCACCGAGGCCGUGCGACGGCCCUCCCGCCCUAAGAUCCUCAACUGGCUCUUCUACCAACGCAAAUUCGACACUUACAACCAAACCAUGCGCGACUACUCCGCCAGCUGCAUCGAGCACCGCCGCGCCAACCCCUCCGCCAAAAAGGACAUGCUUCACGCCAUCAUGGAAGGCAAGGACCCCCAAACUGGCGAAGGACUCAACGAAGAGCAAAUGAUCGACGAAAUCAUCAACUGCUUCAUUGGCAGCGCCACCGCCCCCAACCUCGUCGCCUUCGCCCUCUACUACCUGAUCAAAAACCCGCACAUCCUUGCCCGCGCCCGCGAAGAGAUCGACUCCGUCGUUGGUCCCAACCCCAGCUCCAAAAUCGAACAUCACCACCUCGCCGCUCUCCCCUACUGCACCGCCAUCCUCCGCGAGGCCAUGCGUCUCUCCCCGCCAGCCCCAGGCUUCAACAUCGAACCCAUCCCCGCCGCGACCAAAGAAGAGGAAAACACCCCCGUCCUCCUCGCCGGCGGCCAAUACCAAGUUCCGCGCAACCAGCCCCUCAUCGCCAUCCUGUACGGCGUCAAUCGCGACCCCGCCGUCUUCGACAACCCCGAGGCCUUCAACCCCGACCGCAUGCUCGGCGAGAAAUACGAGCAGCUCCCCGAAGGCGUCAAGAAGGGCUUCGGCAACGGCAAACGCGAGUGUAUCGGCAAACGCUAUGCCUGGGAAUGGUCCCUCUUCACCCUCAUCACAAUCAUGAAGGACGUCGAGGUCGAUCUCGCUGAUAAGGGGUAUGUGACUGAUGGUGCGGGCGAUCAUUAUAAUGGCGCGUUUACUGUGAAGCCGUUGGAUUUCUUUGCCAUUACGGGGCCGAGACCGCGGAUUGGUUGAGCUGCUUCUACUUAGCGGAGAGACGUUUUGGGAACCGGAGGGUGUAUCUAUCUAUCUAUGUCGUUAUGAUAUCCAGAUUGUGUUUUCUUUGUCUGUGUCUGCCUGUUUGUAUUGUAUGGGUUAUGGUAUGUAGUGUCAAACUAGCAGAGGUGCUGACUCACUUGCCCACCUACCCACCCAACCCACCUACGGUCUACCUACCCUGCUAGCUAGCUCGGAGAGUAUCAGACAUAAU